AUGCGGGUGAAUUCAACAGUGAUAGCCCUAACAGCCCUAGCCUCAGGCUGUCUCGGGCUGGCUAUCAAGAACCAUGGAGGUGACCUAUUGUGGCGCGAUGAGAGCCAUCCCAUCUAUAAAGAUCGAUCACACCCCAUCGACGACCGAGUUCAAGACCUCCUGCACCGCAUGACAAUCGAAGAAAAGGCCGGGCAGCUCUUCCACGCGCGUGUAGCCGAGGGCCCGCUCGACGCCGACGGCGAAGGAAACAGCACAGACACGAUGAUCGGGAAGAAACACAUGACGCACUUUAACCUGGCCAGCGAUAUCACCAAUGCGACUGCGACUGCGGAGUUUGUGAACAGGCUCCAGAAACGGGCGUUGCGGACCAGGCUCGGGAUUCCGGUGACGCUGUCCUCGGAUCCUAGACAUGCGUUUACGGAGAAUGUGGGCACGGGGUUUCAGGCUGGUGUGUUUUCGCAGUGGCCCGAGAGUCUGGGACUUGCGGCUUUGAGGGAUCCUGAGCUUGUUAGAGAGUUUGCGGAGAUUGCAAAGGAGGAAUAUCUGGCUGUUGGGCUUCGUGCUGCGCUGCAUCCGCAGGUUGAUAUAUCUACGGAGCCGCGCUGGGCUAGAAUCAGCGGGACCUGGGGCGAGAACAGCACGUUGACCAGCGAGCUGAUUACCCAGUAUAUCAAAGGUUUCCAGGGAAAUGAAGGUAAGCUGGGCCACGACUCCGUCAAGACCGUCACGAAGCACUUCCCCGGCGGCGGACCGAUGGAGAACGGCGAAGACUCGCACUUUGUAUACGGCAAAAACCAGACAUACCCUGGCGACAACUUCGACGAGCACUUGAUCCCCUUCAAGGCGGCGAUUGCAGCCGGCGCAACCGAGAUGAUGCCGUACUACUCCCGACCCAUCGGCACAAACUACGAGGCCAUCGGGUUCUCCUUCAACAAGGAAAUCGUCACCGACCUCCUCCGCGGCGAGCUGGGAUUCGAGGGGAUCGUAGUGACAGACUGGGGUCUCGUCACGGACGGCCAUAUCGGGACUCAAUACAUGCCCGCGCGCGCCUGGGGCGUUGAAGCCCUCAGCGAGGUCGAGCGCACAGCCAAGAUCCUCGACGCAGGCUGCGACCAGUUCGGCGGCGAGGAACGCCCUGAGCUCGUCGUGCAGCUUGUACACGAAGGACUCAUUUCCGAAGAGCGUAUCGACGUCUCCGUCGCCAGACUGCUGAAGGAGAAAUUCAUCCUCGGUCUCUUCGAUAACCCUUUCGUCGACGCUGCAGGCGCAAAUAAGAUCGUUGGCAAGGAGCACUUCGUCCAGAGAGGCAGAGACGCGCAGAGACGGUCAUACACACUCCUCACAAAUAAACAGAAUAUUCUUCCCCUUGCAGAACCGUCUCGCUCUACGAAAUUCUACAUCGAGGGCUUUGAUCGCGCGUUCCUGACCGAGCGCAAUUAUACUGUUGUCUCGAACCCCGGCGACGCAGACUUUGCACUCCUGCGGUAUAAUGCGCCGUACGAACCACGCAAUGGCUCCUUCGAGGCGAGCUUCCACGCAGGCUCGCUGGCGUUCAAUGCGACAGAGAAGGCGCGCCAGGCUAAGAUAUUCUCUACGGUGCCGACGAUUGUCGAUAUCGCGCUGGACCGGCCGGCUGUGAUUCCCGAGAUUGUGGAGCAAGCGCAGGCUGUGCUGGCGAAUUAUGGGAGCGACAGUGAGGCAUUCUUGGAUGUGGUCUUUGGCGAGAGCAGCCCUGAGGGAAGGAUUCCGUUUGAUCUGCCCAGGUCGAUGGAGGAGGUUGAAGGGCAGAGCGAGGAUGUGCCGUUUGAUACGCGGAAUCCGGUGUUUAGGUAUGGGCAUGGAUUGAGUUAUGGAAGACUUUGA